AUGCUCCACCAGACAUCAGACGUACCACCCCUCCCGAUAGUGUCCGAGGGGAUGGACGUGUCAGACACCAAAUACCCUGAGGGAGGAAUUGAGGCUUGGUCUGUUGUACUUGGAGCAUGGUGUGCGAUGAUCCCAUCAAUGGGUCUGCUCAAUAGCUUGGGUAUUUUACAUGCAUGGACGAACAAUCACCAGCUUGCCGAUUACUCAGAAUCAAGCAUUGGCUGGAUCUAUGGGGCAUAUGGCUUCUUCUUGUAUGCUGCUGGGGCGCAAACUGGUCCCAUCUUUGAUACCUAUGGACCCAAAUAUGUCAUCAUUCCAGGCUCAGUUGGCAUCGUGCUGGCUCUCAUCUGCUUGAGUUUCAGUGAAGAGUACUACCAGAUAUUCCUUUCCUUCAGCGUUUUGGCCGGACUUUCCGCGAGUGCCCUUUUCACUCCGACAGUUUCUUGUGUGGGUCACUGGUUCAACAAGCGCAGAGGCUAUGCAACUGGCAUUGCCUGUACCGCUGGUGGGCUUGGAGGGGUUAUCUUCCCCCUUAUCAUUCUCUUCGCAGCACCCAAGAUUGGCUUUCCCUGGGCCAUUCGCAUCAUUGCUUUUCUUUCUGCGAUACUCUGUCUCAUCGCCUGUCUCACACUAAAAACUCGCCUCCAUCGAAACAAAAAGGGAAGUGCAUCUGUCGACUUUCGCGCACUUCGAGAUAAAAAGUACGCCGCAACCACAAUCGCGGUUUUCUUGGUGGAGUUUGCUGUGUUCAUCCCAAUUACUUAUAUUGCCUCAUAUUCAAUUCAUGCAGGACUGAACACCACACUCUCUUAUGCUCUGAUUAUCUUCCUUAAUCUAGGAGCCGUUCCGGGAAGGUUUCUUCCAGGGUUGAUUGCUGAUCGAAUUGGAAGAUUCAAUGUGAUGGUUUUGACUUCCGCUGUGUGUGCAACCCUGACAUUGGCUCUGUGGACUACUUCAGGAAAUCAUGUUGCUGCAGUUGUUUGCUACGCAGUGUUUUUUGGAUUUUGGAGCGGUGCUGCGAUAAGUCUUACCCCUGUGUGCAUAUCGCAGGUUUGUGAGACGGUUGAUUUGGGGAAAAGAACCGGAACAACGUUUACAAUAUCGAGUGUGGGGACUCUGACUGGUAUUCCAAUCGCAGGGGCCAUACAACAGCAGUGUCAAGGGGAUUACUUAGGACUUAUUGUGUUUGGGGGCGUCUUGUAUGCUACUGCUGCGGUUGCUUUUGCAAUUGCCAGAGGUGUCUGUGCCGGCUGGGCGUUGAGUACAAAGUUUUGA